AUAUAUAUAUUAUGAAACAAAUGCUUUCGAUUGAGCUUAACUUGUAUUGAACCCGGAAUAUUCCUUUAAAUACCUCCAGACUGUUCGCCGAGUGGCGUUUGUUUAUGAAAUGUCUGUAACCGCUGGAAUGUGUCGUCGUCUCGGCCCGAUGAUUUAUUAAUGUCGACGCUAAGCGCAGGUUGAGUCUCACCCACAUGCCAACCAAAGCAGGCACAGACUUCCACUUUAACUAUAUUUUCAAAAGAUCUGAUUUUUUUUCCUCUCUCUGUUUUUAAUCGUCGCUUGCCUUUGAAAUAACCAGUAAACAACAUUCACCACGAAGAUUCGAAUCUACGUGAUUUGUUUACCUGCACAAAGUUUGUUUCAGAUGCUAAUGCAGCUACUUCAGAAUUAGCUAGUUAUCUGGUUAUCGUGCUUAUUUAAAAAUAUACGAAGGCUGGACCAAAGCCUAUUUCAGGAUGAGCACUAACGACCAUUCAAAGGACGUAAACAGCAGGAACCAGGCGGGCAGAGUGCUCUGCCCACAGGUUCCUCCGCUUUGUGCUCCACAUUACUCAGAUACAGGCUCAGUUAACACCGAUAAGCACAGAUCUUAUCGCAUGAUGGGCCACUUUCAGCGUGCAAACAUAUUCCCUGGGCCCCCUGUGGUGUGGUCAUCUCUGGUCAAGGAUUCAUAUGUUCGACAUCCCCCAUCAGCCUUUGUUCAUGAUCCAGUGCACUGGCACGGCCACAAAACCGAUUACUUGGUGAAGUGGACAGAGCAGAACUUUAUCGAGAAACGACUGCAUAAGCUGCUGAAUGAAUUGGAGAGCAAGGGAUCCAAGUAGUGAUGAGGCAUUACUGCUAUACCCCUCUCCUAAUCUUCAUUAUACUUUAUGGAACCGCUCAGUCCAAUCACACACAAAUGGAAGGUCUGUCCUGCGUGAAUGACUACUUGAGAAACAUUUCCUGUGUGUGGAGGAAUUCUACGGAUUUCUCCGGCCAGCGAUGUGAGCUUGAGGGGAACAGAAGCUUUGAGAGCAUGCCAAAGUGUGAGCUGGUGCCAGUGAAAAAUCAUGCAUAUCUUGUGAGGAGCUGCACUUUAACCUUUGAAAAAUGGGACUUUUUCUUUCUCGAUAAGAUCUGUUUGAGUGUGGUUUGUAAUGGAUCUCUCAUUACUAAAAUGAAUUAUCAUCCUGGCCGAAACAUUAAGACGCACCCACCAGAUAUGCCAUCUGUAAGAGGAAACAACAUAACUUGGAGUAGAGGCAUUCACUUUCCAAAAGAUAUUAAACAUUAUGAAUUUGAGCUGCAGUUUAAAAAAGCACACACAAGCUGGGAGAUGGCAAAACCUCAGUUGGUGUCCCAUGGAAGUUCUUUAUUGCUAAACCAAAACAAACUAACUGUAGGAGAAGAGUACCAGGCCAGGGUGCGUGUGAAGCCUGUUGAACCAAUAGAUGAAGGUUACCUACAGGGGGAAUGGAGCAACUGGAGCCCUGCCGUGUCCUGGAAGUCUGAGACUGGGAAGAAAGAAAUACAACAACAGCCGUCAGUGGAAAGAACGGCAGCUCUCCCCAGUGAUAGCCACACCAUUCUGAUCGUUGGCUUCCAUGUGUUACUUGUUCUCGCUGUCAUUUCUUUGAUUAUCUACAUGAAGGUCAAAAAAAGCAUUCGGUUUUUAAAACCAAAAAAUCAACAUGUUCCAGAUCCCUCCAAAUACUUUCAGCCUCUUCACACCAUUCAUGGCGGAAACUUCCGGAAAUGGCUGGGCGUACAGAAUUCUGUUGGGCCGUUUCUUACUCCACAGUCAUGUGAUUAUAUCUCACCUGUCGAGGUCUCUGAUAUUUGGGAUGUGUCCUUGAUGGACACCAAAUCUCAGAUGUCUACAGCUACGCACCUUUACUCCAAUCAGGUGGACUCUGGACUCGAGAACAGCGGUACCAGCCAUGCAUCAUCGUCGGGUUUUGCAACCAUGGGCUACUUCUACAGCAAAUCCCAUUCAGGAUCCUUGUGUCUAGAAACCUGCCCCGUGUAUUUCACUUACCACCCUGAGGAAGGUCCAAACCCUGCUCUCUCUUCGUCCAGCUCCUCAUACGAACGUUUGCAAAGCCCAAGUCAUCAACCUAAAGAUCCACUGAAUCCAGACUCUGGGUUUGACAUGGCCGGGGAGGAGCAUUAUGAGGAAGACCAAGAUGAUGGAGUAAUCAAUGAAGAGGAGACCAAUUUGACCAAAGGAAAUCAUUUGGUUUCCUUCAUUAUCUCAUUGUCACAGAGUUCUUUGGGUUUAGUUUGCCCAGGAGAGAGUUUUCCUCCAAUGCCCGUCAUCAAACCCUGGCCUGAACUUGUGACUCCGCCUAGCUGUAGUUCCACCUCUAAGCCUGCAGAGAGCACUGUGGCCAGACCCUCCUCUAUGAUCGAGCCCUGUGGGAGUGGGUAUCUGACCAUGAAAGAGAUGCAGGAAUACAGCAACAAAUCCAUCUGAUUGCAGGUCUUGUUGGGUCUCCGUCCAUAUACACCGUUUAUGUGUAUUAAUUGAUUGUAAAUGUGCAAAUUUGAUACAUUCCAACACCUUGCAAGCUAUAACAGCUACAUUAAAAGAGCUUUGAAUGGUUAAGGCCACAUUUGCACCAGUACGUUUUACAUUUCCUAACAUCAUAGUUUUCUAAAACACGCGGUACUAGAGAGCAUUUUCGAAAAUAUAUAUAUUUGGAGGAGGAUAACGCAGUUCUAGUGUGAAUGAGAGGUAUAAACCUUGCAAAAUUAAUGCGCUUUCAGCCAAAAAUGUAUUUGUGUGGGCAUGGCCUAAGAUUAUUUUCUACAUUGGCAUUAUAAGCUAGAUUUUAAGUCUAAAUGAAAUCAAAAUUGAUUGUAUGUAUUACUUAAUGCAUUCCUCAUUUUAUUGUGCACAUUUUAAUUGGAGGUUUUAUUUGCAAACAUUUAAUUUGCUCCGCCUCUGAGACGACUUUCCUCUUUAGAUGAUGUCACCAGACAGCGUGGGCUAUUUGUUAAGUGGAACCAAUAGCCAAAUAGCUAAUCAGGCAUUUCCUAGUCUGCUAAUGCAGGUAGUGCAGCCUUUCUAAAGAAUUGCUGAUAGUUAACACAGAAAUUGAAUGUCAGUAAAAGGUUUUUGUUUAUGUAGUCUUACACUGACAUCUAGCGGUGUGGAUGCAGCAUCGUUCAAACUGAAUACUUUUCAGUUACCGAAAGUAUUGUAGAAAUUCACUGUUCACGGUCAGCCAUGAUUAACUGAAUCCAUGAGUGAAAGUGUCCAAUAACAGGACGCUUACUGAGAUUGAGUGAGUAAUAUUCGGCUGGUCACGUGAUUCUAACAUGUGGGGCAGCUGUGGCUCAGGUGGUAGAGCGGGUCAGCUGCUAAUCACAGGGUUGGUGGUUCGAUUCCCGGCCCACAUGACUCCACAUGCCGAAGUGUCCUUGGGCAAGACACUGAACCCCAAGUUGCUCCCAAUGGUAGGCUAGCGCCUUGCAUGGCAGCUCUGCCACCAUUGGUGUAUGAAUGUGUGUGUGGAUGGGUGAUUGGGACACAGUGUAAAGCGCUUUGGUAACCUCUGAGGUUAGAAAAAGCGCUAUAUAAGUGCAGACCAUUUACCAUUUAACAUGGGGGACCCUCUCCAUGUAAAAUAACAUGCUUAACAUGAGUGUUAAACAUAUGUUUUAAAAUGACCAUUCAUGUCUUUAAGAGUUAAACUUUUUAAUGAGGAAAAAAAACACUGAGUGCACCUUUAAUUUCCACAUAAAAAAGUCACAGUUAAUAGUUGCAGUUAAUAAUCAGUCAGGCUGCUCUGAAGCGUGAACUUGACCUUAAGCCUACAUGUCCUAGCCACCAUCUGGUUUUCAUCAUUUCCACAAUCAACUGCAAACUUGCAUUCAGGUCUGACUCCAUUCUCAUUUUUACUUUUCAACGUUUCAAUUUGCCAUUUCAUGUUGACUCACUUUAGCUUUAACACAGUGGAAAGCAGCAAGCUUGUGAUGUAACACCAUGUGUCCAAGACAUCUUUAAUUAUUUUAACUAUUAUUGAUUGUAUCUUGUAGAACUUUAUUGACUUGUUAAAUAUAUUGCCACCACUAACCUUUUAUAUUAUGUUAUAACUGAUUGAAAUGAUUAAGUUCUUGCUUUUUUUUUUUAUUGCUGCUAUUGUUAUUUCAUCUAUAAAGUUGCUGAAUGUUAUGAACAUGGGAUAAAUGCUGCUUAUUAUAUGUAAAUAACAGUUUUCAAUAAGGGGGGAAAUUCAUGAAUGCAUGUUUAAUCUAAACCUCUCAACAGCACUCCUAAAUAUUUCUACCAUAUUUUGAUAUUCACAUCACAAGAUUCAAAGGAUUUAAGUUUUAUUAUUUGAACAAUUGAACAGAAAAGAAACAAAUGUAAAAUUCAUUCAUGCAAUGCUCUGAUAUCUGCAUUUUUUUUUGUUUUUGUUUUUUGUAUAAACAACACAAUUAUUUGAAAUGUUUUUUUUUUUUUAUGUUACAGUUCUCUUUUAAUUGAAAUAUACAUUUUCUGUUGUUAAUCUUGUUUACAGUUCAGAUUGAAAUAUAAACAA